AUGACCGUUAAACCCCCCAACAGACUGGCCACUCCGUUCCGACGCUACAGCAACGCUUCUUCCUUACCAAUCCAACGGCUUCAAUUCCUCGUCGGAAAAUGCACUUCCGUGGCGGAGCUCAAGUUAGUCCACGCCCAAAUCAUCCUCCGUGGGUACGGCGAGGAUGCCAUAACCCUAAGCAAAGUAAUUUCCGUCUGCGCUUUGUCUCCCUUUGGGGACGUGGUGCACGCGCAUUACCUGUUCGACAAAAUUCCCAAUCCGAAUCGGCACAUGUACAAUACUAUGAUAAGGGCGUCUUCGGGUGUGAAAAGCUACGAUGAAGUUAUUAGGCUUUACCAGAAAAUGGUCUGCUCAGGUGCUUCCCCGAAUGAGUUCACCUUUCCUUUUAUUCUCAAAGCUUGUGGGAAUCUAAUGGCGUACAGGCAAGGGGUUGUGGUUCAUUCGAAUGCCGUGAAAACAGGGUUUUCAGAGUCUCAUGUAUUCGUGCAAAACGGGCUUGUGAAUUUCUACAUUGGUUGUGGGAGGAUAGAGUGCGCCCGGAAAGUCUUUGAUGGUAUGGAGUUUAGGACAUUAGUUUCGUGGAACUCGAUGAUCGGUGGCUAUGCGAAAUUCGGGGGGUGGAGAGAAGCUUUUUCAUUGUUUUGUGGCAUGAGGGAGGAUGGAGUGAUGCCUGAUGGUCAUACCUUUGUUAGUUUGCUCUCGGUUUGUUCGAUAAUCCGUGGUGUGGUGUUAGGGAAGUUUGUUCAUUGGUUUAUUGAAGCGAAUGCAGUUUAUGUCGACGUUUAUGUUCAUAAUGCUCUUCUUGAUAUGUACGCCAAGUGCGGGGAUUUGCAGAUGGCAAAAAUGGUGUUUGAUCGAAUCCCGGAUAAAACUGUGGUGUCGUGGACUUCUUUUGUGAGUGCAUAUGCUAAACAUGGAUUUGUUGAAUUAGCCGAGAGUACUUUUAAUCGAAUGCCUGUGAAAAAUGUGGUUUCUUGGAAUUCAAUGAUCUCUUGCUAUCUUCUAAAUGGUCACUAUAGAAAAUGCAUAGAAUUGUUUCGUAAAAUGUGUGAUUUGUGUUUUGUUCCUGAUGAAACUACGGUGGUUAGUGUUCUUUCUGCGUGUAGUCAUACGGGGGACUUGGUUACGGGAAAGAAAUUGCACGACUAUUUGUGUGGAAUCGGGAUGGAACCUACUAUUGAGCUUUGUAAUUCGCUUAUGGACAUGUAUGCGAAAUGUGGUUUAACCGAGAAGGCAUUGGAGAUCUUUCUUAACAUGCCGGAGAAAAACGUUGUUUCGUGGAAUACGGUGAUUAACGCUCUUGCAUUACACGGUCACGGAGAUAAAGCAGUCGAGCUUUUUCAGGAGAUGGAGGCUAGCGGAACACAGCCUGAUGCGGCUACAUUCGGUGGCUUGCUUUCCGCCUGCUGUCAUUGCGGGAAUAUCGAAAUUGGGAGGUAUUUCUUUAGCAAAAUGAGGAGUGUUUAUGGAAUACGUUACGAUAUCGAACAUUAUGCGUGUAUGGUUGAUAUUCUCGGGCGACGAGGGCUGUUAAAGGAGGCGCUUAGGCUGGUCGGAGAAAUGGAAAUGCGGCCGGAUGUGGUAAUCUGGGGAUCUGUUCUUGGCGCCUGUCGAACUUUCCGGAAUGUUCCAAUUGCGAAGAUGGUUUUGAAGCAGGUGCUGGAGUUGGAACCGUGCGCGAACACAGGGGGGUUGUAUGUGCUGUUGGCGAACGUAUUUUUCGAGGAUCAGCGAUGGGAUGAGGCGAAGAAAGUGAGAAAACUCAUGAGGAGUCUCGGCGUGAGAAAGAGCGACGCGGUCAGCUCGAUUGAGGUUGGAGGCCGUGUUUUCGAAUUCAUGGUUUCGGAUGAGAGACACGAGGCUUCGGAUCUUGUCUACGCGACGCUGCAUCGGAUGAAGGAUCAUUUGAAAUCCGAAUGCCAAGUGUUUUUAUUCGCCGGGGGAACUUGUUAAAGUCGAGGGACUUUGAUCGGAUCGAUGGUAGCGACGUGCAUUGAGUUGCUUCCCGGGAUUUCUGGCGAAUAUGAUCGGUCGGAUCAUGUCUGGAAAUCUGCUUGAAGAAGAAGAAGAAGGCUGUUUUGGGUUGAAGGUAUGUUGCGAAAAUUAGAUGCAGCUAUUAGUAGUUCUUGAAGUUUUGUUGUCCCCUGAUUUAUUUUGGUAAAAUUUUGCUUGAAGGAAAUACUUGGUUUGUUUGAUCAAAAUUUAAUUUGUGA